AUGGGUCAAGUGCAUUGCCGUGCCCAUGAUAACCAGUCAUUGGUUGAUAUCCUUAAGGAUAGUGGCGCAGACUUUACAGAUGAUACUGAAAGAGCAUUUCGGCUAUUAGAUAGAGGCACCUAUUGCGAUCCUGAAGACAACUUUGAUAUAUAUUGCGAUGUAGCCUUUCGAAGGCGCUAUCUACAUCUUUCCGCUCCAUCGAUAUAUGCUUCUGCCAUAUAUCACCUUGAUUUACGUCCAGGACAGAGCUUUUUGAAUAUUGGUAGCGGGACUGGCUAUCUCAGCACUAUCGCAGGACUUCUUCUCGGACCUAAUGGUAUUAAUCAUGGAAUCGAGCAUAUUGUGUCCAAUGUGUCCUUUGCUCGGAAUCAAUUGAACAAUUUUCUCACUAAUUCGGACGCUCCAUAUGAAAGAGAAUUCUGUGUUCCAUAUUUCAUUACCGGCAAUAUAUUUAAUCUAGUCCCCCCCGCAGGGAAUAUCUCAGUCAAAGAGAAUGACCCUGGCGAUACCGAAAAUGAUAACGAUGAUGAAACUGAUCUCGAUAACAUUUUGAUUACUUUCCAUCAUCACUUUGAUUCAAUAGUUCCAGCACUCGUAAAUGGCGUCCCUCAAAUUAGAAUGAACGAAGCCACUACAGGAUCGGAGGAUGAAACUGAAAUAAAUACAUUAGAACCUAAAGAAGAUGAGCAAAUCGAAAACGAAUUAACCAAAGAUACACCCAAGCGUGACAAUAGUCUAUGUGAUUCAUUUAAUAGGAUUGCAGAUAAUCAACGUAACAGCUUAGAUGAGCGUUUUGCACCAAACAGCUCGGAUAAUUCAGAAAAUCAGACCACCGAUGAAGAGCAUUACGAGAUAGUAAAUUUACCUGGCAGUUCCAUCCUACCCAGAAUAAUGGAGGUAGAGCCGCCUCCAUUGCUAAGGCCUAGGUCUCACCAAACCGAAAAUAGUUUGCUUAAUUGUGAUUCUGAUGCUGAAGCCGUAGAAUUCUGGCUGACUUACGAUCGCAUCUAUGUUGGUGCUGGUCUGACGACAAAUGCUCAGCUCUUGGCUCUCCUGAGGUUGCUUCGAGUUGGAGGACGUAUGUUUAUGGCGAUUUCCAGAGUCUCAAAUAACGAGUUUACCUCGCAAUACCUCCUUCCUACUAGCUUCAUGCCGAUAGUAAUGCCACAUCCCAACUCUUUACCGACGUAUAUAACACCACGUAAGUCUCCCACUUGCCUUUUUAGUUUUGACAUUUGUGCUCAUAGAACAGGCUCCUAG